AUGUCCAUCGACCGCGGCUCGCCGCAGCGACAGGGUCAAGCAUCGACAUCCGCGCCCAAUCGCGAGCCAAGGAGCCCUGCCAGUCCGACGGCCAUCCAGCGCCAUCCAUUCACCCGCACCCCAUCCAACGAGCCACCACGCAUCCACUUUUCACGUGAGGCCGACACCACCUCGGGGCGGCUACACCCCAGCUCAGGCUCCGAUGCCACGCUCGCCCUCGAUCUCAGCUCCUCCAGCGAGCUCGAUCGCGCUUCGCUCGACGCGUCCGUCAACGGCUUGUCCUCCUCGAUGGACUCGUUCGGUGCGCAUCCUGCCGACACACUCGCCCAAUCCGCCAACCCACACGCUUCGUCCGCAACAAAGUACUGGCCAGAGCCUUCGGGUUCGCACCUGCGUUCGGCGCCUUACGCCGUCAACGAUUCAGACUCGCAGUCGAGCUAUCCGCAACACGAACGCAACGGCCCUCAUGCAAGAAUACCCCGCCUGCACACCAAGGCGAUCGGCUACACAUCCUCCAACGAUGGCGACCUCACCCCCAUCGCCUCCACAUCCCGCGUGGCGCCGCCCCUCGUCGGCGUCAACCUCACCGAUCAACAGAUCGCCGACAUGACCGAAUCCGACGUCUCCGAGUACGACGACACGUCCAAGCUGCGGCGCAAUCGACGCGGCAGCGGCGCAGGUCCAGCCGCCACUUCCGUCUUUAGCUCCAUCACAAAGAGCCUCCGCGGCGAGCCGUUCUGGAGCCGAUCCGCCUCCUCUUAUACCCCCUUGACCGCCACUCGCUCCCGCAGCCUCAAAAAGUCCAAGUGGAAUCGCAACUCCAAGACGGACAAGACCCUCUUCUCUUCCUCGACGCACCCCUCGUCCAAGGACCGCACACGCCCACGCAGAACUCCCUCCAUAUGGACGCAUCCGCUCCGCAUGAUUCUAAGCUUCUUCUCCAAGCUCUUCCGCACCGCUUUCGGACCCAUCCAUCCCGUCACCAUCAUCCUCGCGCUCGUACUCAUCGCCAGCUUCGUCGCCUCGGUCACCAAACUCAUCAUCUACAUCCUCAAUCCAGACAAGGAGCCCCUGCCCUGGCGCACCUACUGCCAGCAGCAGCCCGCCUUUCCGCACGCUUAUGCAGACGCCCUCGCACCCGUCGACGUCUUUGUGGGCGUGUUCAGCAUCGACAGCGCCUACGAGCGACGCCACCUCAUCCGCAGCACCUACGCCACACACACCAUGCCGCUCGAUCCACACACGGGCACGCCCACCAGCAACGUCCAGGUCAAGUUCAUCAUCGGCAAGCCGCGCCAGACGCACGCAAGACGUGUGGCGCUCGAGAUGGAGACCUUCAACGACAUUGUGGUGCUCGACAUGGAGGAAAACAUGAACCGCGGCAAGACCCACGCCUUCUUCCGAUGGGCCGCCGAAAACGCCACGGUGCCCUUCCUGCGCGCUGUCGAGGAUGGCCAGAAUCCGGCUUCGGGCUUGGCGCAGGGCUCGGUGCUGCUGAGCGAGCCAGAGUCGCGAGGCCAGGGGCAUGGACAGACGCGCGAGGUGCUCGGAGGCUCUACGGAGCAGAUGCAUCGAUACCAGGUGCUCUGGAAGAAGGCCGACUACGUCGUCAAGGCCGACGACGACGCCUUCUUGAUCCUCGAGGAGCUCGAGCGCCACCUGCGAGUGGCGCCGCGCCAGAUGACUUACUGGGGCUACCUCAUCCGCAACUGGUUCAUGGGCGGCGAGUGCUAUGCGCUUUCGAACGAUCUGGUGCAGUACGUGGCCAAGUCGGAAAACGUGCUGCACUACAUCAAGGGAAAGGAGGACAAGAAGGUGGCGCAGUGGAUCAACCUGCAUCCGAAUCGAUCCUCGAUCCACUGGGUCUCGGAGCACUGCUGGAUCUACGACCAUCCCAAGGCGGGCACCGCCUAUUCGCACGGCUUCCUCUUCCCGGACUACGUCGAGAAGAUCAAGCUCGAGGGCAGACGCGGGCUCACGGAUCAGGAGAUUGCGCGCAGAGGGGGCGAGCAUCGCGCCAAGUCGUACUCGACCGUGUCGCGCUGGCAUUCGCCGUACGUCGAGCCGCGGGGCGACCUGACCAUCGAGGAGGAGGUCGAGGCGCUCGUCGAGGGCGGCGGACGCUGGUCGGGCUCGUGGGUUCGUGGCGAAGAGGGCAACGACACGCAGAUCUGGGUGCCGUGGCAGCAGAUCGUGUUUGAAGCCAACGACGAGCGGCUCCGGCCGCCCAUCCUGGACAAUCUGGGUGCGCAUCCAACACUGGCUGAAGAGGUCGGCAUCGAUCCCGCCACCGGUCUCACGGUUCGACACAUCCACGCUGCCAACCGCCAGGCGUCUUCCGCAUUCGCCCAAGCCGACGACGAUGCGGUGCACGCGCAACGGCGCAAGCGCGACAUUCCGUUCUUGGCGCAUCUGCCAUCGGUGCCCGGCUUCGACUUUGGCGCGGGUGGCGUGUCUCGCAGCGCAGCGGAAGAUCGCAAGCGCUCCUUUGCCAGCUCGGCCAUGCAGCCACGCAUGAUCCCGCUGCCUACGCACAAGGACGGCAACGGCGAGGCGGAGGAGCUUCGUCGACGCCGCUACCUCGGGCGUCGGUUCGGGGGCACGGUCGUGGUGCACUACCUCAAGAAGAGCGAGUGGUUCUACGAGACGGCGCUGGCCUUUGCUGGCCGUGGCCGAUUCUGGCCCGAUGGUGCCGGAGGGACGGGCAGCGAAUGGAGGAUGUAUGGCAGCCCGCUGGUGCGCCACGAGGACGGCUACAUCAGCGGCGGAAGGAGCCAGCCGCGCCCGGACAUGGAGCUGGCCUACCUUCAGCAGGCGAGGGUCCAGGCGCAGGCCAACGCCGCCCAGGCGCAGCAGCUUUCGGCGAGGAUGGGCAGCUUCACCAAGCCCAAGCCCGCGGCUGCCGGUGGUCCUCCGCCGCCCAAAGCGCCACCGCAGAAUUCGCAGCCGCCGAUGCAGCCGCCACAGCACCAGCGACCGCAGCACGAAUGA